AUGCCACGCAUGCACGCAAUCAAGGAAAAGUACAGCUUGGAUGACAGUUUUCAGUACCUGAAGCGAUACGUUCGUUUCACCAGAACCGAAGGCUUGGAGCGCAAGCGCAUGACCAAGCUUUCUCAGAAUCUUCUCAACGGGGCCUUCAAGACGGUCGACAUCAACAAACGGCAUGCCGAAAUCUCGUGUGAUGCACCCUUGGAGAUCCAAGUAACCGCUUCUGGACUGCCGUCUACUGCCAAUGCGAGCGACUUCAUGUUUGGCGUGUCAACGACAUUCAAGCGAUUCAUGGACCCGGAAACGACCCCCAUCAACGAAUGGAUCUUUUGGCUCACCGACAGCCGCGGCCAUUCCAACGGCGGCAAACUGCUGCUCAUGCUCCUUGACGCAAGCGAUGACGAACUCCAGCAAGUCGCCAACAUGCUGGGCGAUGUGGGCAUCGACGUUGAUGUUUAUCAUUCCGACUCUUCCUUGGAAAUGGCCGUCCGCUAUCUCAGCCUCGUGCCUACGCUGUACACACACCCAGAUGUCUCCAGCAAGAAGUGGCUUGUGACGUGCGAUGAUGAUACCUUCUUCCCGAGCAUGCACGGGCUGGUCAGUAAGAUGAAGACCUUUGACCAUAGCCGCGAGAUGUAUAUCGGCACCUUGUCGGAGGAUACCGGAGCUCUGGAGCGCCAUGGUUCUCAAGCUUUUGGUGGCGGUGGCGUCUUCUUGUCCGUGCCCAUGGCGGAGAAGAUUACGAAGCUUUACAGCAGCUGCAUAACGGAGCAGAAGAUUCUCGAGUCGAAUUCUGGCUGGGGUCCUCAAGGCGACAUAAUCUUGCGCAAAUGCAUCUACGAAAAUACCGACACCAGAUUGACCACAGUUUGGGAUCUAUGGCAGGAGGAUUUCUUUGGCCACCCGGCCGGAUUUUACGAAUGGGGCAUCAAGCCUCUCUCGCUCCACCACUACCGCGGCGGCGGUUGGCACAUAGCCAAGCCCGGUCAAUACGCCAAGAUUGCGCAUUCUUGUGGUGAAGAUUGCACCCUGCAACGGUUUCAAACCAAGGACAACUUUAUCAUUUCGGGAUAUUCAAUCGCACAGUAUCCCGAGGGAGUUGGCUUUGAUACCAACCAGGUCGAGGCGACACUUCACGCCGCACCCGAGGACAGGGGCUGGAACCUUGAUUUCAUGAUGGGACCGCAGCGACCAAAUCUGGAGAGGACCGGCAAAAAGAUUGCGUGGGAGCUGGAGGAGUCGGACGUGCAGGCAGACGGUUCAGUCUCGCAAACGUAUAUCCGAAAGAAGAACGACGAGCGAUGGGUCCAUGCUGACAAGCAACCGAUGAGCAAUAUCGACGGCGUCAUUGAACUUGUUUGGAUUCCCGCAUCAUAG